AUUUCGCCAUUCAAUGCAGCAUGUCAGGGGCCUUUGGUGAUAAGCAGUGGCAAUCAAUGGGUGUUGUGGCCUGGGGCAUCAACCGUUGUUCUUGAGGCUUUCCCUUCUGGCCGAGUGGCAACUUCAAUUCUGUUCUAUUACUUUACUGAAAACUGACCUAAAAUAAAAAAGAUCUGUUUCCAUAUUACUCUUAUCAAUUGAAAUCUGGCGGUCACAAGCAUAUUUAUUCCCCAAUCCACAACAACUGCCCCCUAUAAAAAUCGCUUUUCAACCCCACUCCGUUGUCUCUCUAAGAAACCGCCCAACUAACGUACAAUACGACAAUCAAAAAAGAACAGUCCAUUGAUUUAAUCCGCACAACCUUCCUCUAUAUUCGCAAUUCUCUCAACCUAGUGAAACACCUUUUCCAAUAUGUCUACUGUUGCGCAAAAACGUCUUUUUCAUGAAUACAAGAAUCUCUCCACCAACCCACCAGACGGCAUCACCGCGGGCCCUGUCACUGAAGAUGACAUGUUCCAUUGGGAGGCUUUAAUCGAGGGUCCGCAAGGCACGCCUUUCGAAGGUGGCGUCUUUGCCGCUGAGCUGAAGUUUCCGAAAGAUUAUCCGUUGAGUCCGCCGACGAUGAAGUUUGUCGGUGGUGGGGUUUGGCAUCCUAAUGUGUAUCCCAAUGGAGCCGUCUGCAUCUCCAUUCUUCAUCCCCCCGGCGAUGACCCGAACCACUACGAGCAUGCGUCCGAGCGGUGGUCGCCUAUCCAGAGCGUUGAGAAGAUCCUUAUUUCGGUUAUGAGUAUGCUCGCUGAACCAAAUGAUGAAAGCCCCGCCAAUGUCGAGGCGGCAAAGAUGUGGAGAGAGCGAAGGAGCGAAUAUGAGCGCAAGGUCCGUGAUGAAGUUCGGAAAGGUUUGGGGCUGUAGAAGUCCUCCUCUUUGAGUUAGGGCAUGGUGGAGAAGAGUGACGUCUCUUUCAUUGUGCUGCGCCCGUGCUUGUAGCGCGUGGCAUAGCUUGGGGUGUAUGUAUGCAUGCAUUGUCUUCAAUUGGUGAUGGGGGUUUCGGCGUUUAUGGUGCAUUCUUUCUGUCUGGGCCACUUACUAUCAGAGCCUGUUUGUGCUCCUUACUUGCUUUUUUCUUCUCACUAAGUGGGCUUUUUGACAGAUCAGAUACAAAGUAAAUAGCUUGCUUGUCAUUGCAUAUAUAUGGGUCUUCUGGUCCUAGUCAUCUUGUUGCAAAGAGAAACUUUCCAUCUUACGAUCGACCCAUC